AUGUACGAAGGGAGCUCACCGGCCACACACAACAAGACGAGAGGCGCCAACACACAGCACAGCCGUGGGAGCCGCAAACGUUCCAGACCGGCUCCAUCCCAACAUGCACCCAAGAAUGUCAUGUUCGCAGUCCUUGACAGCCGCUGCAGUGAUGGUGCAAGCAGCUGCCGGCUCCUUACUGGCCGGGGGUCCACAUGCCUGGCAGCGGCAUCCCCGGUUGCGGCAUGCCCGUGGGCAUACCCGGCGGCGGCACUGCGAAAGAAAGGGAGAACUCAGCCUCAGCCGACCACGGCCGCACGACUGCGGCUCACCAGCCACCACACAACUACCAUGCGGCCCACCAGCACACCCCUACGGGGCAACAUGCACACGACAGAACAGCACAAGACGGGAGCCCAAGGACCGCCCAAAAGCCACCUGAACGAGACUCACACACCGCGACCGAACUACCAUAGAAAAAAGGGCGGGGCUUAA